AUGUCCCUUUCCCAGAAGGCCCUGUCACUGUCUUGUAUUUUUCACAGUUCACCGAAACUAUCCUCACCCACUCCAUCCUACACCAUCAGUUACCCUACGCAAAAGGGAUCAUUAAUAACAACUCAAAUCCAAAAACUCAACCCUCCAUUUCUCACUAGUGGUAAACAGCGAUGGAAGGUGAAGCCUCUAUCAGCAUCUCUUUCGUUUCCACAGCCACUUGACCUCACAGAAGACAACGUGAGACAGGCUUUGGUCGAUGCUCGAGCUGAACUGGGCCAACUCUUUGACACUUCUGUUGGCAUGACAGGUGUAGUUGAAUUGGUGGAGUUGGAUGGACCUUACGUGACUAUUAGCCUCAAGGGUAGGUUUUGGCAUAAACGUUCAACCGUUCUCGCCAGAGUCGCCAAUUAUCUCAAACAGAGGAUUCCUGAGAUUUUAGAGGUUGAAAUAGAAAAUGAGAAACAAUUGGAUGAUAGUCCUGCCAAUUUCUAA